GGACUUCAGUUGUCUGUGGCAACGUGCAGAUCAGAGAGCACUCCCUAAGGCGUAAUGUGAUGCAGUUCUACUGAAGUCACAGAUGUCAGUGGUUGCUUUGGACCCAGCAUGAGCAGGACGUUUUUGUACAACAUUGUGUUCCUGUUUCAUCUCGUGUUUCUGUGAUCUUUUACAAAUAAUUUCAGAUAUCUGAAAUGUAGAAUACACAAACGAGACAACAAAGUGUGGCUUUGUUGAUGACAGAGAUGGCAACCAUUCGGAAGAAGCUGGUGAUUGUCGGGGAUGGAGCAUGUGGGAAAACAUGUCUUCUCAUUGUUUUCAGUAAAGACCAGUUUCCUGAAGUCUACGUCCCGACAGUGUUUGAGAACUACAUCGCUGAUAUCGAGGUUGACGGAAAACAGGUGGAGUUGGCGCUGUGGGAUACUGCAGGCCAAGAGGACUACGACAGGUUGAGGCCUCUGUCGUACCCUGACACAGAUGUCAUCCUCAUGUGCUUCUCCAUCGACAGCCCAGACAGUUUAGAAAAUAUCCCUGAGAAGUGGACGCCUGAGGUGAAGCACUUUUGUCCCAAUGUUCCUAUCAUCCUGGUGGGGAACAAGAAGGACCUGAGGAAUGAUGAGCACACACGGAGAGAGCUGGCCAAGAUGAAGCAGGAGCCGGUGAAGACUGAAGAAGGCAGAGACAUGGCCGGCAGGAUCAGUGCUUUUGGCUACUUGGAGUGCUCCGCCAAGACCAAAGAUGGCGUGCGGGAAGUGUUCGAGAUGGCCACUAGAGCGGCGCUGCAGGUCCGCAAGCGCAAAAAGAGAGGCGGCUGCACGCUGCUGUGAGAAGCCGACGCACCAUAAAAUCAACUGACCAAUAGGAGAAGAAAAAAAAUCACUUGAAACGGACUGACCUUUACCAAAUUGCAUCCUUGUACUGUAUCUCACCUUUCACGAUAACAGGCAGGCAGAUGAAUCAAAUGCAAACAAACCGGAUACAGGAAAUUGACUUUGCCUAUAUUACAACCGUGGUUCGAAAUUGAUGUUUAAAGUUGCUUGUUGAUUUGCAUUUUUUUCCUCCCCUCCAAACUCUGUCUUUACAGUGUUUUCCUACUGUUUUUCUUUUAUUUGUAAUGCACCGAGGCAGUGAUAGAUGCACAAAUUUGUAUGCAAAAUUGUUCUUCACGAGCUUGAGCAAACAUCUUUCUUAGCUUGUAUAAAGUCUUCAUGAGUAAGGUCCAGACUGUCCUGUUAGUAUCACUUCUGUUCAUCAUGGUAGAUCAUAAGAGCUAGUGCCUUUUUCUUUAGUUUGUACAACACUUAUGCUUGUCACCUAGCUUACAUUUCAACUGAGGGGCUCUCCAUUGUACUGUAGCUAGUGUUGUCAUUGUGAAACCUGAGCAAAGGCAUAACUAAGAUUUUUCAGUAGCUGCCUCAUGUAAAAAUAAUUUGAGAGAUAAUCGGAUAAUCACAUUCAUCCUUCAUAACUAUUGUAAAUCUGUGCAAUGGAAUUAGAUUGGGGGGUGGGAACUGGCCAAUCGAGACACAAACCAAUAUGACUCAACUAUGCACAAUGGCUGUUAGGAACAACAGGGAGCUGUAACAGAAAUAAAAGCCAAAGCUUGGUGAAACCUCCCUUGUUUAUUGCGGUAGUGUGACUUCAGCCCUUUUUUCUGCUACGAGUCAAGUGAAGUGGUCACGCCCGUUGUUGGAAUCCAUGUGUUAGACGGGUUAGCCCAGUCGUGGAAAUGAUUGUCUCGCUAGAGCUGUUAGCCUUCACGUGUAGAUGUUUCGUCGGAUGACAUUCUUUACAUGUUUGAGAGGAGCGGAGUUGUUGAGUUUGUGUGGGGGAGUUUGUUUGUUUUUCCCCCCCGGUGCCUUCUCUGUUGUGUGCCUUUUGGUUGCUCUCUCCCAGACCACAUGGACCAGCUGCUCCAUGCCAACCUGAUACUGACCAUUUUACAAAGCUCGGUUCUUUAAACGGCUUCAAACAUAGGGUUGAUUUUGCAUGUGUUAGGCUUGAUUCCACAUGUGUCAAUAGGUUGGUAAUCUUGCAGUCCUCAUAGCAUAAAUAUUAAGAUUGUAUCUAAUGCAAUCUCGCCUUGAGUUUAAUGGCAGAUAUAAGAGAUUACACCAAUUUACAUCACGUUACCUUGCGUAAGGGUUACACACUAAAUUGUUAAAGCAGCCUUUUGGAGACAUGCAUAUACCGUCCACUGGCCCUCUCUGAAUUGUGAUUUUUGUCCUAUAAAAUAUAAUGACGUGUUACACAGUGCUUUGAAGGCCCAGCAACCGUGUUUGGGCACAGACUCUUCACGGCAUUCCUUUUCUUCUGCCUCUAUUGCUUAUUCAUGUACUAUACAUGUCCCUUGGUUGCAUGUUGCUAUCAGUCUAGAAAGAGGUGUGACACGUCACGUGUGAUGUCUUUGAUGUUUGCGUGCAACCUUCUUACAAUACCAGCGAAGACAACUAACCUACCCAGCUGGAUGAUCUGUAACUCUUAUAUUGUAAUGCAACUUUACACCCUCUACUGGCCAAGCACAUACAAAAAUAAUACACUUAAAAAAAAAAGUUAAAGUGCUUUACAUAGUUAUACCAGGGUUAAAAUAUUUCAGGACCUUUUACUUUAAAAGUGAUACAGAAUUUACAUGUAAAAUACAGAAAUAAAAGAAUAAAAUGUCCAAAGAUAAGACAAAAACAAACAUACCACCUGACCGGUUAAAUAACUCGGAGGUUAAAUUAGUAAGUCUUUUUGAAGAAAAAAAUAUAAAAACUGUAAGAAGUGACUUUAAAGAUGUCAUUGAUUCUGCAAGUCUCAGACCCACAUGUGCUUUAACUGACUGAUCUAAUCGAGACUAAUAAAACUAGUAUAUUAGUAGUAUAUUCCACAGCUCAACUGAGGCAUUAUGAGUUUCCUGAGAGGGGGCAUUGAUUACAAUUACACACAAGCACCAUAUUAACAUUAGCUCAAAGUGGAUCCUGUUUCACUCUCGACUUUGGAAUUCAAUUCAAUAUAAGCACACUAAUAUGACAAGAGUAAACUGAUUCAGAUCCUUUACGACUAAGGGUUCUUAUCACUGAACACAUAGGCCUGAGUCACUCGAUUCAUAGUUGUGGCACGAUGUGCACGUGUCUCAAUAAGGUUAACACCAAGGAGGUCUUAGCAGUUGGAGGUUGGUGGAGAUAGUGAAACAAGAUGCAGCAGCAUCAUGAAGAAAGCAUUAAAUAUCACUAAGAGCAUGUAGAAUACUGCUGUUAAUGUGUAUACAAAUAAUGUUGCGCUAUACGAAACGUCUUUAUGAUGAUGCAUGCAUGAGAAAACCAUUGGUCUUUGCAGCGAACACGCACACACGUCUUUGGGAACAGCUUCUGCUCAGUGUUGUGUAACCUUUUUCUUUCUUUCUCUUUAAGUAUUUGAAACAAUAAAAGGAUCCAGAUUUAUAUAAAAGCUCAUUGUAAUAAUGCUUUGUAAAGAGAAAGUGGUGUAGUGAAUGUCUGAUCUGAAGUAAACAUACACAUUGUUAAUAAACUAUUUUUGAGACAA